AGCCACCCUUGAUGGCAAAUAGGCGAUAGGAGAAACGCAUAUGUCAGUGUGGCACACCACCUUUAAAAAUACCUGUUCUGUCGGACCUGCCCUGAGGUGAAAGCUUGUGAUGCCCUCGGGCAGGCUGCUCGGUUGCACGGCUGCCUGGUCAAACCAGAGGGUAGCAGUAUGUUAGUGUUGCAUUCAGGGAGCAUCAUCAUUUGUUGUGUCUGUACAGAGGAAGAAAAUGGCGGCACAUCUCUGAGGAAACUGUGAAAAUACAGAGUGCAACCUUCCAGCAAAGUGAACCAGUGAAGUCAGUAGGAUAAGGGCAGUGUGUGGCAACAAAAUUCCAUUAUAUUUCCUCUGCAGCUUGGAAACCCCAAGUGCCCUUCAUUAAGGGCUACUGGGUGAGAAAAAACCCUUCAGUAACAGCAACUAUUCCAUUUGUCUCUGCUUGAGUUUCAGAUACAACCACUAUAUUCUAGUAUCUUAGCAGCUUCAACAAGCGCGUCUGGUUUGGCAUCUAGUAGCUAUAAGUCUUUGAAGGCACGUAUGCUGCAAGCACAUCUGGCAGUAACAUGGGAUUGCAGAUAAGAAAAGAGGCUUUUACUGAACUCUCUGAAGCUCUCUGGUGUGCAAAGCGGGUGCAGGCGUGCCGGUUCAUUAUUUGCGCUUGACCUUCAAUCAAUUGUACAAGAAGGGACCUCUGGAGGUCAUCUAGUCAACUCUGCUUAAAGCAGUGCUAUCAUUGAAGUUAGAGCAAGUUGCUCCAGGCCUUGUCCGGUUGAGCUUUCUCUUAAAGGCUUGAAAAUGGAGUUGAAAGUUGGGUCUGAAAUUUAGCCAGAUGUGGAGCUAAAUGGCCCAACAAAUUUUAAGCAGUCUGAAUGAAACAAUGCUCUUUCUUCAUUAACUGGAAGUUGUGUUUCUGCUUUUGGUGUCAUGAUUCUGGUUCUCCAAUUGCGCAAGACUUCAAUGUGCACAGUGUAGAGAUUCUUGGAUUAUAAAAAGCAAGCAGAAAAGUAUAUUGCCCCACAGCACACGGAUUUCUCUUAGUAGAUACAAAACCAAAAUAUUUUUGAAGUAACAUUUCUCUGUACGUUAACGGAAUAAAAAAGGCUGGUUUUUUGAUUUAAAAGGUUCUUAGUAUUUAACCAGCAUAAUGACUUAGUGAUUUAAAGGCUAAAGUGCUGAGUCCCGCAUUCAUGGAGGUACAGUGUAAUCAGCUUUAUUGCUAUGUCCUUAGCAGGAUGAAGUUCCUGUGCAAAACCCAGCUCUUGUGCCUUACUUACCCACUAAAUGAAUUAAAUGCCUUCACUCCAUGAGUCAAGGUUGAUGGAGUGAAGAUUGCUGAUCUAGGCCUUUAUCUGUGUUAAUCCAUUCUUGUGGUGUCACAGUGUUCCAUAGCCUGUGAAGUCAGUCUUUGAAGAAACCCUAGCAUUGUUAUUUGCACUGCUCAGUGUCUACAGGUCCCAGGUGAGACAUACUUCAUUGGAAGAGUCUUAAAUAGAGUGAAAACUUCCAGGAGAAGCUAGUCCUUUAAGUAGGCAAGAGAGAUGAAGAGUGAAAAAGAUAAAUGGAAACACCCAGGUGCCAUUGUACCUUCAUGAUGUGGCUUCUAAAUGUCAUCUCUGUUUUCAUUAAGUACUCAAAUUUAACAUAUGCUGAGGAUUUCAAGAUUUUAAAGGGGAAAAUUGUAGAACCUAAGUGGUCAUAUUAGUUGUGGGAUUGAACUUUUCACCUGCUAAUGCAAAUAAUUAAUUUCAGCCAGUACUGGUGGCCCUGCUGAAGCUGUAGAUAAAAGCACCACCUCAGCAGAUGCAGUUCUCAGUGUCCUGAGGACUCCAGAGAAGAAUCUGUAAGGACCUGCAGCAAAACAACUCCACAAAAAGAGGCAUCUUCAGAGCAAAGAUGAACAUCGGGAAAGCUUACAAUACCUUUAACAUGAGCAAUGGAACAGAUCUAGCUAUUGGCUUUACCUCUUCCACAGUAGCUAUCCUUCUAUUUGGGACAAACUUUGUGCCUAUUAAGAAGUUUAAUACUGGUGAUGGUAUGUUCUUCCAAUGGAUUCUCUGUGCCUCCAUAUGGAUAGUUUCUUUGGUGGUCAAUUUAAUCCAGAAUUGCCCCCGGUUUUGGCCUCUGGCUAUGGUUGGGGGUUUUGUGUGGGCUACAGGCAAUGUCACAGUUGUCCCUGUUGUUAAGACUAUUGGCUUAGCUCUUGGUCUUUUGAUAUGGGCUUCUUUUAAUUUGCUGACAGGUUGGGCAAGUUCAAGGUUUGGCUGGUUUGGAAUUGACCCAGAAGAGGUAUCCAGACCAAUCUUAAAUUAUAUUGGAGCUGGACUUUCACUCUUAAGUGCUGUCAUAUUUCUUUUUAUAAAAACUGAAGUCCAGACUUCUUCAGCUUCAUUAGAAAGCACACCUUUACUGAGAGAAAGUUCUAUUAAUGUUUCUGAAGAUGCAUCUGACUCAUGGGUGGACAGAUUUUCUCCAGCAAAAAAGAGGCUGAUAGGAUGUAGUCUGGCUGUAGUAGCUGGAAUACUCUAUGGUUCCAGUUUUGUACCAGUGCUUUACAUCAAGGACCAUGGAAGAAGAAACGAAACUGUGUACACAGGAGCAAGUCAAUUUGAUUUAGAUUAUGUUUUUGCACACUUCAGUGGAAUAUUUCUUACAAGUACCAUUUACUUUUUGAUCUACUGCGCAGUCAGGAAAAAUAGACCUAAUGUUUAUCCUCAAGCCAUAUUGCCAGGGUUUGUUUCUGGUGUGCUUUGGGCAAUAGCCAAUUGCUGUUGGUUCAUAGCCAAUCACUAUCUCGGCGCUGUGGUCAGCUUUCCGAUAAUUACUGCAGGUCCUGGCCUUGUUGCUGCAAUGUGGGGAGUCCUUGUAUUUAAAGAAAUCAAGGGACUGAAAAACUACAUUUUACUUUCAGUAGCAUUUUGCAUCAUUUUGGCUGGAUCACUCUCCACAGCUUUUUCUAAAGCUUGAAAGGAUCUUCUGGACCAGUAGAUGGUGCUACUGUUUAAUAUAAAUAGAAAGACAAUAUUGGUAUAUCGCAAUAUAUAAUAACUUUCAAAACGUAUGUCCAGUGUUUACCCUGAUUUGCUUCAGACAAGUGGAAAAUAAAACUUUUGCUAAAUGUUCCUAUUUGGCGUGAAAGAAUCUGGAAAUGAUUGUUUCUGCAUGUCUUGGAACACUAAAAAUAUCAAAGGAUUUUAUUAAAGCUAAAUGAUUUUACAGUUAAUUUUUUUUCUGGUUCAGGUACUAAACUUCAUGUCAUCAUAAAUUGCAGUUCACUGUGGUAAUGGUGAAUAAAGGGAUUUUAAUUAUUGGGCUGUAAUACUGUAUGUAUUUGCAAGCUGAUUUGUUUUACUAUAAUGUUCUGUCUUAGUGACUUGAUUAUAAAAUGUCUUGUAAAAACUCUUAUGGAACUGAUACACGUGCAGACGUGAAACAUUUUUAAUUUAGAAGCAUUAUUCUUUAAAGCCAUCAGUUUACAUAAAAACACUGUCUUCCAAUCACUUCAAAUUUUGAAGGAAAUAGGGGGGAGAAAAAAAGGUGCUGAAAAUAAAUUACUUGUGUUUGCUGCUGAACUGUUUAGUUGCAAGAAUAUUAUGUAGAAAUCGGUAAAGGAUGCAAAUAGUUGGGGAAUAUUGUUUGGCUUUUUUGUUUUGGUUGCAAGUAAACAUUACAUUUCUGCACUGCAACAUGAGCUAAGUAUGUGAUUCAGUUUGUUUCCAAAUAACUUUGAGCUUUUUCUGAAUACUUAAUUUUCUAUGUAGCAUAUUCAAAUCUUAAAAAUUAUGUAUGUCAGUAUUUAUUACAGUGAAGCAUCAUGCUAAACUACCCAAUCAUUGUUCUGCCCAAAGCAAAAGGUUAUGUAUGUAGAUGUAAAUUGCUCCUGACAGUUGUUGUCUAACUUGUUUCUUUAAAAAAAUAAACAAAAGAAGUAGUUUUCACAAUAUUUUUAGGCAAACUAACCAGAUUCUAACUACCUGUCCUGCUAGAAGCCCUGAUAUCUAAAGGAAAUUCCCCUUGAGGAAUGUUACGACCACACUAACGUGGAGAACUUUUUAUUUUCUUACUGAUGGCAGCUAACCUUUAUGUAUUGAAAGCAAGUUGUCUGAACCUCCCCUUAGUCUUUUCUUCAGUAUGUUGGACAACCCUGGCUCCUGCAGUCUUCCCUUGUUUGUAACGCGCUCAUCAUUUUUCUUGCUCUUUCCUGACCUCUCACUAAGUAGACUAGAUCUCUGUAGAAAAACUGGACGUGGCAGUCAGCCUACAGUCUGAGAAAAACCAAGAGAAGCAGCAGUAAAUAUUUUUUUUUUUUCAUCCAAUUUGCAAAGCCUGUUUGUGAUUACACAUCGUUGUAUGACACUUUUUGCCAUCACGGCUUGAUAAUUGUUAAUGUGCUCAGACUGCAAUCAUAAUUUCUCCUUUUUUUCCUUCCACCCUUUUUUGUCUCCUGUUUAUCAGAUUUGAUCGUAGAACUGUUACUUAGCCUGCUUUUUCCCAUCCUGUGUUGUUGUUUCCUACCCAAGUGUCAGAACUUGGUGUCUGACAGGGUUUUUUUCCCCCUUAAGGCAUUUUGUUAAUUGUGCUUUGUAUGUCAGCCCCAUCCUCCAACAAAUUGGGAACAUUUUCCAGCCAGAUGUCAUCUGCAAAUUUAAUAAACAUGCUCUCUAAUUAUUGUCAAUAAUUUAUGAAAAUGCAGCAUGCUACUAGCCUUUACUUACUUUUUGGAAUCUAAUUGAACACUUUUCACUCUGACAGGGAACAAUUGACUGUUCUGGAGUACAAUUUCCCUCUGUCUUAUGGUGGGUUUAUUUAGACUGCAUGCUCCCAGCUUUUAUUUAAUGUCUGAUAGAGUUGUUAAAGAUACAUGAUGUGCACCACCCUAAUACCUGAUACCCAGUAUCCAGGUCGGGCACAAUUGCUUCUUGACAGAUCCUUGCCCGUUAAUCACCUAGCCAUUGUUCUGUUAACAAGGAAGAGUUUGUUCACAUGUUUUUGAAAUAACUUGAAUUCAGUUGGACAUGUCUAGUUUCCCUAGAUCAGUUUCCCUUCUUAAAGAUCACAAGAACUUCUAUAUUCCUGGAAUAUACGCCAUGCUGGAAAUUUUCUGAUAAACAAAGAAUAUUUUUUUUUCCACACAGUUACUGAGAAAAACACUAGCCUUGUAACUCACUAUUUUGCUAAAAUAAUUAUAACUCAAUACAGUGGUUUUAAAGACUGUGUGAUUACAGCACCAGUCCACUUUGAUGUACCAAUGCAAUUGCUCAGGGAAGAUCAUCUGUUUAGUUUACUACUACCUGCAGGUCACCUUCCACAUUUGGUUGAAGCCUGCAAGGACAGUCUACGCUAGUCAAUGAGGUAUGCUCUUCACUAGUUUAUUUUAAGCAAAAUACUAAUGCCACAGUCUGGAAAAAUGCUUGGAAAAUGUUCAGCCAGAAUUCUCGGGGUGCAGACCCCUGACUGUGUGAGCUGGGGGUGAGCUAGCCUGUGCACGCUGCCAGUGCCAGGGUGGAGCUAGCUUUAAGGAGUGUGUAAAAUACACUUUGUACAACAGGUCUCUCAGGCCCCAGAGCACCUCCAAAGGAGAAUAGGAGCAAGAAGAAACAAAGGUCAGAGAACCAGGAGAUACAAGAGUGCAUGGCAUGAUUAAGAGCUGAACUAAGCAUCAGAAAACCGACAGAGCCUUUUCUAGCAGAGCAAAACUCUGGGAAGAAAAAGAAAGAGAGGAGCAGAUGAAGCUGUGUGGAGAUGUUUGGAGGUUCAGUGUGUCACAGCUGAAGCAGGGUCUGAUGGUGUCUCCCAGUUGUCUUCCACAGCUGGGCAAGCCACAGUACUCGCUGAAGGGUCAGUGCCGAGGGGCUGUCGUGCAAUUGCUGGUGUGCCUGCACCUGCUCUGCUUGGCACCUGCACCCCAUCUGUGCGAGGAACCAAGCGGGGUUGCCCAAGCCCGGCCACUGGAUCCUACUUUAUCCUUAACCCUGGGCAGUGGUUCCCAUCCUGCACGACAGGGAGUGCCACAGGCCAUGGCGGCGGCUGCGGUACCUCGAGGCUCUGCUCAGCGCUGUGAGUAUCCUGAGUGAACGUCUUGGGUGUUUCAGAUUUUUGGUCCGUAACUUACAGUGACAGGACAAGCUGGCUGCCAGGGCUGUAGUGGGAACGUCACGAAGGUUAGCAAGCAGUAGAACAACUCGUCCUGGCAGUGCCUGGUUUUCCUUGCCUCAGUUCAGAUUCUGCUUUGCUCGUUGCAUUUGUAAUUGUUGUGGGUUACGGUGAAUCUGAAAAUGUUCUAUGGCAAUGGACCUGCUCCAUCCAUCCCCCAUCAGAGGACUGGCCGUGUCUCAUGCUGGUUGUGCAAAAAAAGUUAAGCUGACUGUCCCUUGGCAGUGCAUUUAGGUUUAGGUUUUGGUGUUGGGUGUAAACUGUUACCAUAUGCUUCAGCUUGCUGUAUGAGGGAUGCUCUUAUGUUAAUGUCUGGAUGUGAUCCCAGGGCGCAGCUGAAUCGGGGCAGGAGCAUCUUCACAUUCCCUGGUUUCUGUCCAAGGGCAUUUGCUUUCUGAAACAAGCCGAGAAGCUGAACUGCUGACCCUAGCGAUUGCCACGCAGUCGUAUGCAGCUUGGUGCAGUUCUCCAGUCUAUGUUGAAAUGCUAUCAGAUGUGCAAACUUAAUUGCUGACUGCUAGGGCGUUAAUUAAAACUCUUGCUUGUGAAGGCUCAAGUAUGACCUUUAUUAAAUGCUUUCUUAGCAGCUAUCCUGGUGGGUUUGUCCUGCCAACAGCAAAAAAAAAAGCAAACCACCCCACCUCUUGCAACUCUUUUCUGUGAAAAAUCCCUUGCAGUAAUUAAUCAGGAUUUAUGGUUUAAAUACUUAUUUAUUCCAAAAUACUUUCUUAUGAUGUUCACUUGGAAUAUAUUGGAUAAAUAUUCCAAUCAUUUCUGAGAUUGUCUUGUUCCUGAAGUUUUCGAGUUUGAAGUAACACUGGCACUUCUUUCGUGUUAAAAUGCUGGAUUAACAGAUAUCUGUUUAUAGAGCUAUUUAUACAAAACAGUCUGGCAGCAACUCAGUUUAAUAAAAUUCUGCAGCUAAUAUAAAUUAUCAUGGCUGUGUUUAUAUCAGCAUGUUUUUAUAUCUGUGUAAGAACUGACCCAGAAUAUUUCUCUUCUUUUUUUUUUUUUUAGGUGAUGGUGGUAAUUUUUCUUUUUUCAUACAUAACUGAACAAAAAACCAAAAGUAGGACCAAGGUAGAAGAUUCACAUUUCUUGGAGAAAACUAUGCUUUCAAAUAUUUGUGCCUGUUUAAUAACUUUGAAGAGUAUAUUUCAGCUUGCUUUACGAAUUUGUCUCUGGUAAUGCUUGGAGGCAAACUAGCCUUUAAAACAUAGGUAGUCUGGGAUUUUCCAAGUCAGAUUUUUGUGCAGUGCUGGGAACCAGGGAAUUCAGUCUUUUUUAGAUUUUCCUUACCUGUUUAUUCCUUUCCCUAUGUUUAUUAUCAAUUAAUUUUCUGAGACUUGCUGCCCUUCUUCCAGAUUUACGUUCCUUCAUAGUAUUAGUAAAAAUAAUUAUCUGGAAAAAUAAAUUGAACACAUUAAUUCCUAUGGCUUCAAAUGAAAACAGUGAAAACUGGCAUUGUUUUUAUCCCUAUAUACGUUUUUAUGUGUUGUCUAUAAUUUUCUUUCUGAACCAAUAUUCAUGGUUGGUUAAAUGUUAGUUCAACAGUCUGACCUGAUCCUUGAGCUUCCUUGCAUCUGGUGUGAAAAGAAAAUGACAGCCAAGAUGAUGCAUGCUAUCGCUUAGUGUCUUUUUAUUUUUAUUUUGACCUUGCUUUCAAAUAGAAGACUGAAGUUUAAUACCAUAUUCCAUAAUUACUGAAUGACUAAUGGAUUCCACCUUCAUUUAGCUAUAUAGUGACUGCGGAGCAUUGUAUUUUAGCUGGUACAGCUGAAGUGAUGGUUCAUGCUUUUUUCAUGCUUAUCACAAAACAUUUCUUAAAAAUCUAAAAUUUAUUUUCUCUUGAAACACCAGACAGUUGCUGUGCCUCUUACUGCACCAAGGGGCCUGUUUGAGAGCCUGAGAGAGGAAACAAGGCUCAGAGACAACGGGACCUGCGUUAGUCCUGCUGGUGUCAGGGCUCCAGGCACUGUGACACCACCCUGCGUUUUCAGAUUGUGUAACUAACUACUGAUGACCUUGGGGUUUGGUACUUAUAUAGCAACCUAUACAUUAGUAAUGAAAUCAAUUAAAGUUGGAGAUACAUUAGUUAUUUCCCACGCCCUUGCAUUUUUCAUGCUGUGGAUCUUCUGAAAACACGUCCUGUAGAACUGGGAGGCAAACCACCCAGCUGCCAGGGCCAAAGCAGGGAAGGGGAGGGGAGGGAGAGGGUCUUCUCACUGGUUAAUGAAACGGGAGGAGUGGCGGCAGUAAUGGUUCUGAGCCCUUUGCUUUGAUAGAUUAGAUAUAUAUGUAUAUAUAGAGAGAGAUUGCUAUAUAUAGAUACAAAAUACUGUCUCUCACUGAGCCCGUAGGCAAGCCUGUUGUUGCUUAUUUAUUUAUUUAAUUAUUUUAUAUUUAUUAUUUAUUUUUAUAUAUCUAUUAUUUAUUUUUAUAUAUUUAUUAUUAUUUAUUGUUGCUGUUCAUGGACCAGAGAAAAUAUUACAGCCUCUACCUGAUGAGU